UAAUCAUCAAACAAUAUGAUAUUGAAAUAAGUGACUGAAAAUAAAUGAUCAACUUUCUUAUUGCUCGAUCUUGAUGUGUCUGGUCGACUUGCCACGUAAACCACAAACUGCAAGCUGUCAGAUUGCCUCGACCCUUGUUGCAAGCUAAAAACAAAGUCUACAACUAACCAAAGAGCAAACCAACAAGAUGGCUGAAAAGCCCAGUGCUAUAGAGGAGCUACGUAAGAGAAUGGAGCGCGUGGAGCCUCUUGAAGGAGAACCAGAAUUCUUCACGAAUCCAGAAACGUUGGUACGUUUCUUAAAGGCGAGAGAGUGGGACCUAGACAAGGCAGAGAAGCUGUUAAAGAAUGCUGUGGAAUGGCGAAGGAAAAACAAACCUCUGACAAUGGAUUGCAGAUGGUGCCAUGAAAAACCUGGUUUUCAUAACAUGAGGCAAGUCGGGUUUGAUGAGAUGGGUCGGCCGGUGAUCUACUCCUGUUUCGCCCAGGCCUCAAGCAGAAGAAACAACGUUGAUGAUUCCAUUGCUCAUGCCACAUACUUGAUAGAGAACGCUAAAGUAACAAUGAAACCUGGCAUACAUACCUGGGUUUUCAUUAUAGAUUGCACAGGUAUGACUGUCCCUGCAUGCAGUCCCAAGCUUGGCUAUGGCGUCACUCAGGUGAUGUCCAACCACUACCCAGAAAGACUGGGCCUUGUCAUCUGUCUCAAUCACAACGCUCUCUUCCAAGGGGUCUGGAAGGCUAUUAAGGUUUUCCUACACCAAAACACAGUUGCAAAAGUAAAGUUUGUUAGAUCCAAGCAAAAAAUCUUGGAUGUCUUCCACGAGUAUUUCAAUGAGGAACUUACAGAUUGGUUGAUAACGGAAAUAAAGCGGAACAAGACACGUCCUUUAACAGCGUCUCAAAAGCAAUUCUGGAAAACUGAUCCAGUUCACGAUCCAAGGGGUACACCUAGCUAUGUAGCUAAAUAUGUUGAACCAUACGCUGCUAAAAGUUUGUGUAACUUAAAGGAACUACAUAAACCACAUCCAAAUAUAGUGGAUGAAUGCAAAGGAGAUGUACAACCAAUCAGUGCCAUUUCAUCUGCUGACCUUGAACUUGAUGACCAACUAGGUGACCUUGACCUAGAUAAAUCAGAUGAUGAAAAUGGAGUAGCAGAAAUUGAAAUCAGUGAAGAAUUCCAGAUUCCAAAAGAUGCUGAGCAUCUUUGAUGCUUCACUAGAAAAAAAUUAAAUAAAAUAUUUUAGAAGUGCAAUUUGGAUUGGUUGGGCAUUUGUAAGGCUUCAAAAUUUAAAAAACAAAAAUAGCAACUUUAGACUUUCAUAUUAAGCCAAAAAUUAUAUUUAAAAUAGAUUCUUCAGCUGCAAUCACUUGUUUGUAACUUCAAGUACCGGGUAUUGGGCUAUUUGAGACCUUCAAAAUUCCAAUAUAUCAUU